AUGGAUCAUGUGGGAACACAGCAUGAAAAUUUUGAUACUCCCUCUGCUAUUGUCCCCAGGAUCGACUGUGGCUGCUGGUAUAUGCAUCCCCUUCGGCGGGCUCGGUGUUGGAUUGAUCGGUGUCUAUUCCUCGACACUGGCUACCAAUAUGAUUGCCACUACGCUCAUGGUGGUGAAGGCAUGAUCAGUGUAUAG